AAUUCAAGCUCAAGGAGGGCAAAGACAGACUGCCUUAUGUGUGGCUCCUCUGAAGGCUUUAAAGCCCCCUCCUCUGAACGCACCGUAGCCAUGUUAAGCUCAGAAAGGCCUCCACAAAGCAUCGCAGUCACCACUGCAGAGAUGUCAGGGACACAGGAUGUAGAUAUGAGAUCAUGGAGCGAGGUAGACUUUGAGGAGAAGUGCACCUACAUUGUAAAGGACCAACCUCUGGAAGAAGAGUCCACAAGGCACGGCAAGAUGCGAGCGGAGAGGUCCUUACCCAGAAAUCUCGCUCUAAAACGGAGCCACAACUCAAAAGAGGUGCUCGGAGUGACGAGUAAAGAGCUGAUUCCCAAAGGAACCUGCUUCGGCCCUUUUGUUGGUGAAAGCUACACCAACGAAACCCUUCCGAAAAAUGCUGACCGAAGAUACUUUUGGAGGGUCUUUUCAGAGGGGCAAUUACACCACAUCCUUGAUGGUUUGAGUGAGGAGCAAAGCAACUGGAUGCGUUACGUUAACCCAGCACGUUCUGUAGAGGAGCAGAAUCUAAUUGCAUGCCAGAGUGGGUUGGACAUCUUUUUCUACACCAUUAAGCCACUUCAGCCUGGCCAGGAGCUCCUGGUGUGGUACUGUUCUGAAUUUGCCCAGCGCUGUAAAUAUCCUCCACUGGGGCACCUAACUGUUGAGAAAAAAGAAGAGAGUCUACCUUCUGAGAAGACAAAAGAGAAAAGAGGACACAGUGUCUCUGAGAUACUCCGAGAUGAGCCCCCCAAAUCUAAAUGCUUAAAACUUCUAGACAAUCCCAUAAAUCAGACCAUCUCAGCAGUUUUCCCUUCAUGUCCCAGUGUCUUCUACCCAAUCCAGCCCAACUCAGAUUCUAUCCAUGGCCACAGAUAUGGUUCUUUGGCAUCUCUGCAAUCCUGCAGCUCAGCAGUUGCCAAAAGUCCAGCACUAGAUGGUUCUACUCCCACCAGUCUGCACCUCACCUGUCAGCACAGUCAAGACCCCAUCAAAACCAAACCUUAUCAAGAAGCCUCCAUGCCCAAUCAUGUCCAUGCUACUCUUAGGCAUCCUUAUCUGCUGCCUCAGUACCCACUUGGCCUUCUACCACAUUCGCAUCCAUUCUAUGGCGAUCAACUUAAGCCACACUUGUCCAUGUCAUCCAAUUUUCUGCCUUUUGACAACUAUGCACACUUCUUACAUCCUUCGGCAGGUGGAUACAAAGACUUGUCACUUGCACCAUUUAUUUCCAAACAAGACCUCUUUCUUUCACCAAUUAGUGAGCACAAAGACAACAGUGACCUCAUUCCACAAAAGACAAACUACCUCAAAAAUUUCUCAAAUGACUUCAGAGACUUCAAACACUCUGCUCGCAGUAAUGUUCACACAGACCUCACUAUUACCAAGGCCAGCUCUCCACUCAAUGACCAUAAAGUCCACAGAGCACCCUCUUCUGCACCUGGGUCAUGUUCACCACCUUUGAGCAUGGCCGCCUCUUUGAACUAUCCCUCUUCCAUAUCUACCUCUACCACUCAGGGCAAUACUGAAGAUGCACUGGACCUCAGACAGACAAAGAGAGAAGGACAGUUUAUUGGCUACCAGACUUUGUCUUACCCUCUCACCAGGCAGAAUGGAAAGAUUCGGUAUGAGUGCAACAUUUGUGGAAAGGUCUUCGGGCAGCUGUCCAAUCUCAAGGUCCAUCUGCGAGUGCACAGUGGUGAGCGUCCCUUCAGGUGUCAAACCUGCAACAAGGACUUCACUCAGCUGGCACACCUGCAAAAACACUACUUGGUCCACACAGGAGAGAAGCCCCAUGAGUGCAAGGUAUGCCAUAAGAGAUUUAGCAGCACUAGCAAUUUGAAAACCCACCAGCGGCUACACUCGGGUGAGAGGCCCUACCAGUGCAAGCUCUGCCCAGCUCGGUUUACUCAAUUUAUCCACUUGAAGCUCCACAAACGUCUACACACAGGCGAGCGCUCCCACCGCUGUCCUCGCUGCCCCUGUGCCUAUCUCCACUAUUGCAGCUUACAAGUGCACCUCCAAGGCUUCUGUCCCCUUUCCCCCUCAGCAUCCUGCAGGCUCUCACCAGAGGAGCAUCGGAUCAACUCUGAGAUAGAGAGGUUUGAUCUGAGUGAAGCCGCAGAGCAGCUUGAAGUCAUGGCUGCAGAGGUGAAGAUGGACAAGGGCAAUAUCAUCGACCUCAUACAAAAGAUAGAGACUCGAGUCUCAAGCCUGCAAGACGGUGCCAGGGGGAAAACUGAGCUGAGCAUCAGAUCAGUGAAGGAGUGUGCUGACGCUCAGCUGCAUCAUGGCAGUCCUGUGUGCCUGCGACCAACAAGCAUCAAGCUGGAGUCAGGAUACGUAUCAGAGACUUAAGUCUGACUUGCCAAUCCAACCAAAUGAUCCUUAGAGGCCAACUCAGCAUUUGUCUGUCACAGUCAUAUUUGAAGUAAAGCCUUAUCUCAAUCAUAGAUUGUCUAUAUAUAUUCU